UCCCCCGGUCACGUGACGCGCUGCCCGGCCCGGCAGCCCUUACGGGAGCCCGAUGGGGCCGAGGCGGCCGCGUUCUGCGUCUUACCGGAGGAGCGGGGCCGCGGCGCGGCGCGCCGCUUAACGCCCGCCGCCCGCCGGAGGCAGCGCCAGGGCCCGCAGCGCGGCAGGAGCGGCCCGGUCGGGGCGGGCAGGGCAGGGCUGGGCUGGGCUCGCCCGCCGCCUCCCCGCCGCUCUGGAAUGAGUGGGGCUGCGUUCCCAUCUCCAGCUGCCGAGAUGGCAGAAAUUAAUCGCCUUCAGUAUGAAAUGGAAUACACCGAAGGAAUCAGUCAGCGCAUGAGGGUCCCAGAAAAACUCAAAGUAGCUCCUCAAAAUGCUGACCUUGAGAAGGGCGUCCAAGAAGGAUUUCCAAAUGCCAGUGUAACUAUGCAGGUUCCAGAGCGGAUUGUAGUGGCAGGUAAUAGUGAAGACAUUCCACUUUCCAGACCACCAGACCUUGACCUUCUUCAGUCUACUCCAUUCAAACCACUGGCACUGAAAACUCCUCCCCGUGUUAUUUCUCUUAGUGAUCGACCGCUAGAUUUUUUGGACCUAGAAAAACCUCCACAGCAGACACCUCAGAAUGAAGAGGUCCGCUCAGUGGGAAGACUGAAGAGAGAACGUUCCAUGAGCGAAAACGCCACCCGACAGAAUGGCCAGCUGGCCCGAAACGAUUCCAUGUGGCACAGAUCAGAUACUGUCCCAAGAAAUAAAAUGCCACGGUUCCAGUCACCUCUUUCGACUAAGGACUGCACUGUGACACCAUCACUGCAACAGGCUCGUGUCUGUCCUCCCAAUAUGUUGCCUGAAGAUGGAACUAAUCUUUACUCUGCUCGUGGCAUUUUGUCGUUUAUCCAGUCUUCCACUCGUAGGGCUUACCAGCAGGUCUUGGAUGUGCUGGAUGAAAACCGCAGGCCAGUGUUGCGUGGUGGGUCAGCUGCUACCACUUCCUCUAACCCUCAUCACGACAACACCAGAUAUGGUCUUUCCAACUUGGAUACUACGCUUGAUGGAACACCAGACGACAUGACAGUUGUAGAUGCUGCUUCCUUAAGAAGACAGAUAAUCAAACUUAAUCGUCGCCUACAACUUCUGGAAGAAGAAAACAAAGAGCGUGCUAAAAGGGAAAUGAUCAUGUAUUCGAUUACUGUAGCUUUCUGGCUACUCAACAGCUGGCUUUGGUUUCGGCGUUAGACACAGCUCUUGGAAAGAUUUAGUAGUUGAAAAUACAAACAAUUUGCAAAAUUCUUUUUCUGUUUCUGAAUUGUAUGCUGUUUUAUAAUUCAUACACUGGAAACUUCCACCACAGAUAAAGGCUAUAGAAUUGCAGUGUUAAAGGGACACCUUGUUGUUCAGUUAUAAUGUAUUUAAUAGAUUUGCAUUGCAAAUACUUGCAGUAUCCUCCUUUGCAUGCUUCAGUGUAAAUACGGAUCAGCCGAUAUGAAGUUUGCUUCAUGCAAUGUAAGGACAGCAAUCUACAGGAAUAACCACUGGAUGUUUUGUUGUGGUGGGAAGAAAACAAAUGGAAUGGCUUUGGAAAGAAUAGAAAGUAAUUUUUAUUGUUCUGUUGUUAGAUGCAAUUAAACGUGAUUGCACUAGUUUCUUUUGUCUGAGUAAUUUGAGGUGUGCCAUAUUCAAGGAGUGUGUCUUGUUUCAUGAGUAUGUUCCUUGUUUAAGCACAUGUUCAGGUCAAAUAAUAAAAGGAAUUCUUUGCUAACA